CACAAGGACCACCUCGGUCAAUCUUGGAACAUCCAUGAACGUAUAUUUAUGUGACAAAAAGUAAAGAAAAAGAAGUGAAAUUAAAAGAGAAAGGAAAGGAAAGAAAAAGCAAAGCGGCAGCAGGGAGGAAAAAGAAAUGGACUCCUCCAUACUUCCCACUCAUCGACUGCACCAAAAGCAUCAAAAGAAAGGCAUGCACCCACCACCCACUGUCCACUGACCAAAGUUAAGAUUUUGACAACCCCUGUUCCUCUCAGUCUCUGCAUUUCAUUUCUCUUCUCUUCUCUUCUCCCGUUAAGAAAACUCCAACACCAAGAUAUCUUCUCUCUCCCUCAUCUUCUUUUAAACCCCAAUCCAUCGCCUUCCUUUUCUCAUCGUCAUCGAUCUCCUUAAUUCCAAACGACCAUUCCCUUCUUCCUUUUGUAUUGUCUCUCUGCCUCCGUCUCUCUAUAUGUGGAAGCGUGGGGCUGAUGGACACCCUAUUUAGAUUUUUUAGCCCGCAAUCCAAUUCUCAUAAUCAGCAAUCUUCCUACGAUCUGAGUCGAAAUUCAAGCAGCUCCAGGUCAUCGGGUGAUCCGUCUCUGCAUCAGAUCAGCAGUAACUACUACUUGGAGCAACCCAAUUAUUCGUUCCCUCAUCAGGAUCCGUACUCGCAUCGAGAUCAAGAAUGCGGCACCGAUCAUCGCGACCUUUACAUGGAUGAAGACUUCUCCUCCUCCUCCUCCUCCAAGCACUUGGGCCACCGUCCGCCCGCCACGUCGACCCCGGUGUUCGACCCCGCUGCAGCGGCGGCUGAUCUCAACCUCGACAUCUUCUCUUCGCCCGUUUCCUCCUCCUCCACUGCCGCCGCCGCAUCGGACGGCGGGGGGAGGUGGGCGUCGAAGCUGCUGCUCGAGUGCGCGCGCGCCGUGGCAGCGCGCGACACCCAGCGGGCUCAGCAUCUGACGUGGAUGCUCAACGAACUGGCCUCGCCUUACGGGGACGCCGAGCAGAAGGUGGCCGCCUACUUCCUGCAGGGCCUCUUCGCUCGGCUGACGUCGUCCGGGCCGCGAACGCUGCGGACCCUCACGGGCGCCUCAGACCGCAACUGUUCCUUCGAGUCUGCCCGCCGAACUGCGCUGCGUUUCCAGGAAGUCAGCCCCUGGUCCUCCUUCGGCCACGUGGCUGCCAACGGAGCUAUACUCGAGGCCUUCCUCGAGGAGACGCCGCAGCGACUGCACAUCCUCGACCUCAGCACCACCUUCUGCACGCAGUGGCCGACACUCUUGGAGGCGCUCGCCACGCGCUCGGCCGACGACACGCCGCACCUCACCAUCACCACUGUGGCCGCGGCCUCUUCAUCCAUGCAACGCGUGAUGAAGGAGAUCGGUCAGCGGAUGGAGAAAUUCGCGCGCCUCAUGGGCGUCCCCUUCCGCUUCAACGUCAUCCACCAUCCCGGCGACCUAUCCUCUCUCGACUUGGACGACCUCGACCUCAGCGGCGAUAACUCCGUCUCCGGCCUAGCCGUUAAUUGUGUCAAUGCCUUGCAUGCCAUCUCACCGAGCGGCCGGCGGCGGGAUGGCUUUCUGGCCGCCAUCCGAAGGCUGCGGCCGCGGAUCGUGACUGUCGUGGAGGAAGAGGCCGACCUCGCGAGUAGCGAGGCGCCGGAGGAAGGGGAGGCGUUCGUGAAGGUGUUUGAGGAGAGCUUGCGAUUCUUCACGGCUUACCUGGAGUCGCUGGAGGAAAGCUUCCCUCGCGCAACCAACGAACUUCUGGCGCUGGAGAGGGCGGCUGGGAGGGCAGUGGUGGAUCUCGUCUCGUGCUCGCCUUCCGAGUCGGAGGAAAGGAGGGAGACGGCGGCAGCAUGGUCGAGACGGAUGCGCACGGCGGGGUUCGCGCCAGCGGCCUUCAGCGAGGACGUGACCGACGACGUGAGGGCGCUGCUGCGAAGGUACCGAGAGGGUUGGUCGAUGCGGGCGCCUGCGGCCGACGAAGCCGGCGUGUUCCUGGAAUGGAGGGAGCAGGCGGUGGUGUGGGCGAGCGCCUGGAAGCCAUGAGAGACGGAAAACGAACGGGCCCAGCCCUGUCGGCACGUGCGGGGCAUUCAAUUCUUCUUUGCAUCUCCUCCCACCAAAAAAACCGGCACGCGUUUAAUUAAACUCGAUAUAACGGAAAUCUGUGACACGAAGGAAGGAGAGGAAACGAUCUUUAGUCGUCUUGUUAUUGUGAGAGCUUAAAAUGUAGUAUCUUAUUCUUUUUCUUCAAAUCAAACUCAACCCGACUCAUUGAAUAAAAUCCAUGUCUUUUACAUUAA